GUUGGUUGUGAUAAUGUUCUUACACUAUGUUUAUAAUUAAACAAGGAAAAUAAAUACUUGUUAAAUCAAACAAGACAUGUGAUAAAAAGACAUGGACAUUGUUGUUAUUUAAACACACGAAAUUCUGUAUACUUUCAAGACAUGGAAGUUAUAAUAUUGUCAUUAUUUAUACAAACGUAAUUCUGAAUAUUUUCAUUUAGUUGGUUUUUAAUCGAUUGAAACAGGUUAUAUUUCCGGUUCCGGUAAAGAUGGUGGCAUUGCUGGAUGAUUCGCAAAAUGAAACAUUCCAUCGUCUGCUGCCUGUUAUCGUCUGCAUGGCCGUCGUCGGCGCUGUUGGGAUUAUUGGCAACAUUCUUACCAUCGUUUUCUAUGCGUCUAAGUCCAAACGAUCAACGUCAACUUUACAGAUAACUUGCCUAGCAGUGGUGGACUUGAUCGUCUGUAUAAUGAUAGUCCCCAACAUCAUAGAGAUGGUGGUGAACGUAAAGUAUAACCAAGAUGUGUUUUGUAAGUUGACGCAUGUUUUUGGGUUGUGGGCGAUUGCAACCUCUUGUUUUAUCUUAUGGAUUAUUGCAAUUGACAGAUACAGAAAAAUAUGUAAACCAUUUGCUAAACAGAUUACUGUGAAAACGACAAAAUUCGCAAUCACUGUUAUAGUUAUAGGCUCUUUUUUGCUGUCUGUUCGAAAUUUUGUAAACUUCUCAACAGUCGAAGUAAAUGUCACUUUGCCGGUCAGCAACGAAACAACGAUAGGUUGUUACUGUACAACAAGAGGGGAUGCAGGAUACAAUAUCAGUGUGACUGUAUUCUAUGCUAUUGAUUUCUUAUUCGUCAUGGUUUGUUUGAUAUCAAUUAUUGUAACAUACUCACAUAUUAUCAUUACUCUUCUAAAACUAAAGCGUUCAAAGAACGCGUCCAAUCAACAUAGACGUGACAUCACGUGGUCACGUCCAAACGCCACCGGAACCGGAAACUGUGUCAAUGAGGAGUCUGAUAACAGCUUUGGCAUGACGACUUUUAAAAGUGAAUCUCAUAUAUCUGAUAGUGACGCGGGAAAUAAUUCUAAUGUGAUUGCGGCAAAGGCGUCCGUAUGUGACGGUCAUCCAGCUGUGACAAUCGGAAAUGACCAAACGUUUCAUAACACCAGUCUACGAAGAACUAUACAGAAAAAGAACUUCCGGAAACGGAAACGACGCCGCAAGAUCGGCGCGAGCAGCGCUUCUGAAAGAAAUCUGACAUUUAUGAUGCUAGCGGUGUCUCUUCUCUUUGUGGCGUGUUUCUUUCCAUUUUUUGUGGUAAAGAUAAUCUUGAGACUCGUGUUAAAGACAGGAGAAGAGAUCGAGCUGAAUGUGGGAAUCCAGUUCGCGCUUAGACUGGUUUAUAUGAACAGUGUUUUCAAUCCAAUUGUUUACUGUUUCUUUAACCCACAAUUCAGACGUUAUAUAAAGGGUUUGUUUCUUAAAUGUUUUAGAUGCCAAAAACAGACUGCAUAGUCUUUCUUCUUUGAUUGUACAAAAAAAUUGUUUCCGGAUUAACGUCACGUUUAGAUUAGCGUAUAGUUAAACGGACAUAGCGUCAUUUGUUACUUUAUACGUCAUUUUUUCUGAAGACGACAAAACGUCCAAAUCUAAAU